AUGCACGGGCCCGGGCGCCCCCUCCUGCUGGGGAUGCUGCUCGUGCUGGGGGCGGCGGGGCCCGGCAGGGGCGGCGCGGAGCCCCGCGAGGCCGCGGACCGACAGACGCUGCUGCGGCUCAUCGUGGAGAUCGUCCAGGAGCUCAGGAAGUACCACUCGGGGGAGUCCAAGCGGCUGCAGCUCUCGGGCCGGCAGGACUACACCCUGGACCGCAGGGAGGUCGCGGACUACGCUUACCCGGAGGAGCAGAGAGUGGAAAUUGUCCCUCGAGAUCUAAGGAUGAAAGACAAGUUUCUAAAACAUCUUACAGGCCCUCUGUAUUUCAGCCCAAAGUGCAGCAAACACUUCCACAGACUUUACCACAACACCCGAGACUGCACCAUCCCCGCAUACUACAAGAGGUGUGCCCGGCUUCUUACUCGGCUGGCAGUCAGCCCGAUGUGCAUGGAGGGAUAAGUGAGCAGAGCUGUGCAGCAGCCCAGGACCCACGAGAAGUGCCUUGGAGACCAACAGGACAGAACCCACUGCCUUCUGAACACACCCCGUGAACAGAGAUUUAUUUUUGCAGACAGACUCUUCCAUAAUUCCUUUACCUUGCGU